UUUUCCAUUUAUGGGUUUUGUGAAUUAAUUUGAUUCUUUUAGAAGUUGAGUAGAGACUUGAAUUUUGUGAAAAAAGUGGUUGAACUUUUUUUUGUUGUUGCAAGCUUAUAAUUAUAUCUAUCUAUCUAUCUAUCUAUAAAUACUUAAUUCAUCUAUAGCUUGAGUUUAUUAGAAUCUAGUAAGAUAUCAUAAACUUAACAUAUCUACUUCAUUUUUUUGAUGAUCAAUGAUCUUUAUUGAUGUUAAUGAUUCACAAUUUCCAAUAUUUCAGUCUCAUAACAAUAGAUUGAAUACAUGCAUGUUUGGAUUCACAGUGAGUUUGACAAAAUCACUUUAGUACUGAGAUUACCAUGAUUCUAUUGAAGCUCGAAUUUGUAGCUUUUGUAAAAUCACAGCAGUACACCGUGAUUCUGACAAAGCAAUGAAGUAGUCUAAAAAAGUUAUAUUUUCAUGCAAUUUUUUCUAACCAAUGGUGUUUUUCUUGUUCAGGAAGAUUCAUUUCAACCAAAGUAAAGAUUCUAUGGAUAGUUAAUGUUCAAAAGGUGAAGUUUUUGUUUAUGAUCUUUGAUUGGAGCUAAGAUUUUCUUGUUGAAUCAAAACAAUGGCUUUAGCUCCAAUUCCAAAAGUUGUUUUAGGUUCAAUAGCCUUUGCAAUUUUCUGGAUACUAGCAGUUUUUCCAGCAGUUCCAUUUCUACCAAUUGGUAGAACAGCAGGUUCCCUUUUAGGUGCAAUGCUUAUGGUAAUAUUCAGAGUCAUUUCUCCGGACGAAGCAUAUGCUGCAAUCGAUCUUCCAAUCCUCGGUCUUCUUUUCGGCACAAUGGUUGUUAGUGUCUAUCUUGAAAGAGCAGACAUGUUCAAAUACAUAGGAAAAUUACUUUCUUGGAAAAGUAAAGGACCAAAAGAUUUACUUUGUAGAAUCUGUUUGAUUUCGGCUUUAUCGAGUGCUCUUUUCACAAAUGAUACUUCUUGUGUUGUUUUAACUGAAUUCAUAUUGAAAAUUGCAAAACAACAUAAUUUACCACCUCACCCUUUUUUGCUUGCACUUGCUUCAAGUGCUAAUAUUGGUUCCUCAGCUACACCAAUUGGUAAUCCUCAAAAUCUUGUUAUAGCUGUCGAAAGUAAAAUUUCGUUCGGAGAUUUUUUGUUCGGUAUUCUUCCUGCUAUGCUUAUAGGAGUUGUGGUGAAUGCUUUAAUUCUUAUAGCUAUGUAUUGGAAAUUGUUAUCUGGUCAUAAAGAUAUCGAGGAUCCUAUCGCUGAAGUUGCGGCUGAAGAAGAGGUUAAUUCUCAUCAAUUUUCGCCGGCUACGAUGUCUCAUUAUUCAUCAUCAUUUAAUUCUCAAGAGUUGAAUGGUUACUUACUAGAAUCUUCUAGUAUUCAAAACUCUCCCCAAGCUCAAAAUCUACGGAACCGGUUAGUUUCGAUUGAAAGUGAAAUUCAUAGGUUUCAUGUUGGAAGUGCAAUCAAUUCCGCUAGAAACUCUAGUGCAUCAAAGGAAGGGACUAAUAAUAAUGACUUGGCUUCUGAAACAAAAGUGGAAACUAGUCCAUCGAAAACUGUUGUCGAAAUAGAUAGAACAAUGGACGGACAUGUUUUGGCGUCUUCGGAUGGAAAGGACUGUUUAGGUGCUGAGCGGAAACGUUUACUGUGGAAAACAUGUGUUUAUUUGAUCACAUUAGGAAUGUUGAUUGCAAUGCUUCUUGGUUUGAAUAUGUCAUGGACUGCGAUUUCGGCCGCAUUAGCUUUGGUUGUUCUUGAUUUCAAAGAUGCUAGACCAAGUUUAGAGAAGGUUUCAUAUUCACUUUUGAUAUUCUUUUGUGGAAUGUUCAUCACAGUAGAUGGAUUCAACAAAACUGGUAUUCCAAGUGCUUUAUGGGAGUUUAUGGAGCCUUAUUCGCGAGUUGAUCGUUCUAGUGGAAUAGUGAUACUCGCUCUAGUUAUACUAGUCCUAUCAAAUUUGGCUUCAAAUGUACCAACCGUUCUAUUGCUUGGAGCAAGAGUUGCAGCAUCGGCUGCAGCAAUUUCGAAAGAAGAUGAGAAAAGGGCAUGGCUCAUCUUGGCUUGGGUCAGCACCGUCGCAGGGAACCUGUCAUUAUUGGGAUCGGCUGCAAACUUGAUUGUUUGCGAACAAGCUCGCCGAGCUCCCAACAUUUCGUACACAUUAACGUUCUGGAGCCAUCUGAAAUUUGGCCUCCCUUCAACUAUUAUAGUCACUGCUAUUGGUUUGACACUAAUAAGAUGAUAAGAAUUUUUUGAACUUGUAGAAUUUUACAUACAUUAUGUUUCUUGAUAUGCAAGUUAAAGGGUAUAAAAUAUAAAUAUAUGUAUUUGAAUGCUGAACUUUUUGUGUUUUGAGCAUUUGUGUCAAUGCUUGUGAUGA